GUUUUCUGCGGUAAAGCAGGAGCUCUGUUCCAGCUGGCCCGAGGAAGGAAAAAACAGCACAAAAAAAAAAAGAAAAAAAAGAAAAAGAAAAACAUUGUAGUGCAUUUUGUGUCGGCCGACUAAACACAGGAAGGAAGGGGAGAGGACUGGCCCUGCCGAGGGAGACGGAAAUGAGAGGGGGUGUCCAAAGAGGAAACCCCAUCCCUUUAAGAGCAAGUGGGACAUAGCGGUGCGAGAAAAGGAGAGGAGGGGGAGAAGAAAGAGGAAUUAAAAAAGAAAAGGAAGAAAGAGACAGGGAGGGAGGAGGGAGAGCGGGCGAUAAAAAAAGAAAGAUGACAUCCUCGCUGCUGAACGGCCGAGGUGGAGCGAUAGGCUGCGGCCCGGCGAGAGCGCUGCUCGCCGGGGUCAGGGCUUGAAUCCAACAACGAGGCUUCGACAAACACCCGAUUGGCCUAUUGGGGGAAAUCGGAAAAAUAGAUUCAUGAAUUAAAAACAAAGCAUGACCUGCUGUGCUGCCAGAUACGUGUGUUAUAACCCAUAUUCGUUCUCUUGCGUAAAAAAAUGCAUUUAUUUUACGUAGAGUGGUUUAUGUUUAUUGUUAAAAUGUAAUACUGUAAUAUGCGAUUUUUGUGGAAAACAUUUUUAUGGAAAGCAGUUUUGUUGGGUGAUAUUGCGUUUUGGUGAGGUUAGUGUUAAACGAAUUAAAGUUAGAAACCAAAGUGAAAUAGAAACAGGCCAUUAUUGGACCCGGCCUGCUCCACUACUGCCUGUGCGCUGCAGCCUGCGUUGAACAGCUGCGUGCAUUUUAAUGGACAGCAUUAGGCUACCUCAAUGAGAACGACGUGUUUUUACAGUCGACUUUAUUCGCGUUUUUCAAGAAAAUCCAGAAACCCGUCGUUUCUGCUGCAGGACAGGCGACUGUUCGCGCCUCGAUCACCGGUGGGCCCAACUAAACCAUGCAAAGGCUGCUCUCCUCGAUCUCAAUCAGGAGCUGACUUUAUAAUCUCCAUCGCUGUGGCGCAAAAUGGAUGCUGCUUGGAGCAAUUUUCUCUUCCAGAAUACUCCCACCCAAAACCAAGUGGAGGGGAGCCUCCAAUCAGAGCUCAUGCAAGUGCAUACGAGUUCUCCCCAAACCCCACCCACAGAGCACAUAGCACAACCUCCUUCAACUGUGGACACUGCUGCCCUUAGUGAGGAGCCCCUACCUGUGAAGCCAGUGUCUCGGCCGGCCCGCGUGCCCCACAUCUGUGCCAUCUGCAACAAGCAGUUCAAGAACAACUACAACCUGCGGCGGCACCAGUCAGUCCACACUGGGGUACGCAUGAAGGACAGGGCCAGAGAGCAGGCGGAGGGGGCAAAGGAGGGUGCAGCCGGCCAGGUGGUGGUGGCGGCCCCGUCGGUGAUGGCGGUGGGGGCCGGAGGGAGGGCGGAGAGGACCACUGUUCCCCUCUCCCUGCUACACCUCUCUGCUCCUCCCCCUCUUGCCCCUCCCGGCGUGCUGGCGGGGGCCCAGCAGCCUCCCUUGGGUAGUCAGGAUGGUGAAGGGGUUGCCAUGCCAAACAUAAUGGCUAGCGUUAACCCCCAUGCUCCGCCUCCUGCUGCUGUCGUCAUGGCCACAGGGGCGACAGUACAGCGCCCCUCAAACCCGAACCCGAACCCGGUGAGGAAGAACCACGCCUGCGAGACAUGCGGGAAGGCUUUCCGCGAUGUUUACCAUCUGAACCGCCACCGCCUGUCCCACUCGGACGAGAAGCCGUUCUCCUGUCCCAUCUGCCAGCAACGCUUCAAGAGGAAGGACCGCAUGAGCCACCAUGUGCGCUCCCACCAGGGUGGUGUGGAAAAACCCUACAUCUGUCCCCACUGUGGCAAGGCUUUCUCCAGGCCUGAUCAUCUAAACAGUCACGUCAGACAGGUGCACUCCUCGGAGCGACCCUUCAAAUGUCCGACCUGUGAGUCCAGCUUUGCCACCAAGGAUCGCUUGCGUGCGCACAUGAUUCGGCAUGAGGAGAAGGUCCCGUGCCAUAUCUGUGGCAAGCUGCUGUCAGCUGCAUACAUCACAGAUCACAUGAGGGUGCAUAACCAGUCACAGCACCACGCCUGCCAUCUCUGUAACCGCAGCUUCACCACACUGACAUACCUGCGUGUCCACGCCCAGAAGCACCAUGGCCAAGAGUGGAAGGACAGUCCGGGGGGCUUCGGUGGCACGGCCUCUGGCGGCGUACUCGUCUGCCACUUAUGUGGUGUCCACUGCAAGACACCCACCCAGCUCCAGGGUCACAUGGGCACCCAUAACAACAGCCAGGGUGCCCCGAGUCCCAUCACCUCUAAUGUGGCUGCCAGCAGCUCUGUCUCACUUAGCAACAUGGUCACAGCGCCUACUGUGUAUGUCACCGGUAAUACGGUGGUGGACCUGCUUGUCACAGACUGCUCUAGCAUCGCGGCACCACAGUCCCACAGUUAGCAGUAGAGAGCUCAGCAAUAAUAACCUCAGUUUUGUAAUGUCUCCACUUAUAGGUAAGUUUAGGAUUAAGGGUGGGGGAGAUUAACACCGGUCAGCAUUCAAGGGCAGUAUCACCUCAGAUCUGUAGAGCUGGAGCAUCAGAGAAAAGGAGAAAAACGAAGAGCUGUAUUAAUAGGGCAAUGGAGUUAUGCAAUGAGGGACCUUUGUGGCUGGAGCAGGUUCAUCGACACUAACGACAUACAUGGAUGUGUUGUCCGAAUAUUCCUGAAUGCUCCUGUGCAUUUAAGAAACUGUGGUAUUGUGAGCAUCUACUGUAUUACUCUCCCCCUUCCGCCCUCCUCCCUCUGUCCCUCCCCUCAACCCUGGCAUUGGCUGCUGUCUGCAAAUGCACCAAGUACUGUAUAUCUCACACCAGCUCUGAUCUUACCUCCAUUUUUGCAGCUCUCUUACUAAGAAUCCAAAUGGCUUUGCAUUAGGAAGGAGUGGGGAGAGAAUAGCUCUCAGAAAUGUGAUGAAGAAACACAUUAGAAGGGAAGCUGUGCGUGUAAGUCAGGGCUCCUCCAGCAUGUUAGCUUGUUUGUUCACAACACUAAAAUCAACAUUUGAUUUUGCAAUGCCAGUUAUAGAUCAGGACAGAAGACCAUAUGUGUCGUGGUCAGUGUGGAAUUGUGGGAUGAACUUUUUUGUUCCCUAAUGGUACAGACAUAAGAAUUGAGUUGUAUUCAGGAGUGUCAAGCACCUUAAAUUGUUAUUGUUUGAUUCAGUGAGGAUCAAAAUGGGUUUGAGAUUUCUUGAAUUUUCUUGCUCUGAGUCUUCCUCUCUGGGUUCUGGCCAUUAAAAAAAAAAAAUAAUAAAAAAGAAGAGAAACAUAACUGCAAAUCAACACUUAAGCUUCUGACAUGGCAAUUCUUGCACCUAAAAACUACCUUUUUGCAUGAAAAUAAACUAGCUCAGUCAUGCUUAUUGUUAGGGCGCUGUCAUGACAAAAGAAACUUUUAGCAUUUCCACCGAGUUAGUUCAGUGUAAACAAUAAUAUCUAUGGAAGUGUUGAUUUUAUUCAGAAAUCUUUUAACAUUGUUGGCCAUUCAUUUGAUUGUAACUGUCAUUGCCAUAGCCCUUUGUUUUCUGUAUGUACCAGUCCAAUGAGUGAAACUUACGCAUUAGAUUUAGUCAUUUAACUCUGUAUAGCACAGAAAUGUUCAAAACCCAAGUCAUUAUCGUUCUACAUUAAUCAUGUGAAGAAUGAUCACUCGUUCAUUGGAUAUUUUGGGUUGGCUUGAGUUAUAUUGUCAGUGAUGUGGUGUCGAGAAGGGCUUAUAAAGUAAUAAGUCAGGAUUAAUAAGUACAAUGGGAGUUUGAUAACACCACAUGGUAUGCUGUAAACGAAUCCUGGUUUUGUACUGGAGUGCUUUUUCGGUUUUGUGUUAAUAUGUUAUCUUAAAAUUUGUAGAGUUGUUUCUUUCUUCCUUUUUCUUUUGUUUUUCUCCUUUGGAAAUGUGUUCUUCCUGUUGAGAAAAGUAGUGAUUUAUGAAAAAAUAAUAAUUUUAGGUUUUUCCUCCAUUACACUAAGAAAAAAAAUAAUACCUCUUCUCUAGGAUUCUGUACAGCUCUUGUGAAACAUCUUAAUGCCUUAUCGUACUCAACUGCAUUUUAAUUCUUUUAUGAUGAAAUAUUUCAAAUCUUAGUCAUGGAUUCAUUAAGAAUAUUAAUGGGAUGUAUUUAUAUUUAUAUUUUUAUAUUUCUCAACAGUAUGCAUGUCUAAAAGGUUGUUAGAGCAAAAAAAUCAAUGAUGCUUACUACAGUCAUAAAAAUUAUGUUAUUUUGUAGAUGAAGUAGAGAUCAUGUUAUUAUUUUGUAAUUUGGACAAUUUAAAGUAAAAUGGGUAAACAACG